UUUGCCUUCUUGCCUAACUUUUCAUCAUUUCUCUCCCUGAUUUCCCUCUAUUUAUAAGCACCCUCCAUUAAUGAGAUGAAAAAUAUAUAUAUUAGCAGACUUUAAACUUCAUCUUCUUCAUCAUGGUAGAGGAUAUGCCACCUGGGUUUCGUUUUUACCCAACUGAAGUUGAAUUGAUUUCCUUCUAUCUUCAUCACAAGCUUCAUGCUAACCCAGAGGACUUCAACCGGAUUAUGGACCAGGUUAUACCUGUUGUAAAUAUUUACGACUUCAAUCCUUGGGAACUUCCACAAUUUUCACAAUACCUGUGCCACAAAGAUCCUGAACAAUGGUUCUUCUUCGUUCCGAGACAAGAGAGUGAAGUACGAGGAGGGAGACCAAACAGACUGACAACUGAAGGAUAUUGGAAAGCCACUGGGUCACCUGGUUUCGUUUACACUUCAAAUCGUGUGGUUGGAGAAAAAAGAACAAUGGUUUUCUAUAGGGGAAGAGCUCCAAAUGGAAGAAAAACUCAGUGGAAAAUGAAUGAAUACAAAGCCAUUGAACGAGAAGCAUCAACAUCGGCAAGGCAAGAUUUCAGUUUGUGCAGGGUGUACAAGAAAUCGAAAUUCUUGCGGGCCUUUGACCGGCGUCCACCUCUAACACUUCCACCGCUUCGACUGAGAGCAGUAAUCGGCGAGUCAAGGGGUCAGCAAGUUGAAGAUCAUCGUGGUGAUGAGGCGACAAACUCUCAUCAUCAUCAGACUAGUUCUCCAAUAUGUAUGGUAGAGAGAACAAACUCACUAGAUAGUUCAUCCUCAGUAGAUCACCAUGGCCAGACCUCUCAAAAUGAUAAAAGUAACAGCAUGGCAGUGGGUUCUGAUUCUGUUCAACUGUCGUGGGAUUUGGAUCAAUGGGAUUUGCUCUGCAGCAUGCCAUAGAAGAAAUUAAUCUAAUUAAUGGAGUUGCUUUGGUGGAGAUAGUACUUUGGUCUUACACAUACUCUACAGAUCACUAGUUGCACAUGUGUCCAAUGAGAUCAGUCUCCAACAUCUCUACACCCUAAUCAUGUGCAAACAUGAGAAUAAAUUGAUCUCAUAUAAAUGAAACUACUUAGGAUAUGUGUUUUCAUAUAAAAACAUGCAUACACUCAAGCUAGGCUCGUAAUUAGGUUUCAUCCUUAGCGAGGUAAUCUCUGAUGCCAUUUUAUAUUAGUGCACCUUAUAUGUCCCUAUAAUCGUUUGAGACAUUGCUAUGAAUGAUUUAGUAUAAACCUUGAACUA